AUGAGUACGCCAGUGAAGCCAGAGAGCAGCGAUCCAUACGCGCGUGCGGAAAGCAUGGCAAACCGUGGACGUUAUAGCUAUGUAAGCAGCGCUGCUAGUUCCGUCAACAACCCGCGUCGUCUACGUCGUCGCAAAGAUCCUACUCCGUACAAUGUUCUUGUUGUCGGCGCAAGUAACUCGGGCAAGACAUCGUUCCUCAAGUUUCUCAGAAAGUCUCUGGAGCUGCCCAGCAAGCAUUCCAAUCGUCAGCCGAGUGGCCUGGAAGAUCAAGAGGGUCUGUCUACAACAGGUGAAGGCUAUACUUCCUCCUAUCUUGAGACUGAAAUCGACGGUGAGCGGGUAGGCCUUACUUUCUGGGACUCGCCGGGCUUGGAGAAGAACAUUGUCGAUAUCCAACUACGUGGUGUAACAGGCUUCUUGGAGAGCAAGUUCGAGGAAACCUUGAGGGAGGAAACGAAGGUCAUUCGCUCUCCCAACGCCCGAGACACGCACAUACACUGCACUUUCCUGGUUCUCGAUCCCGUACGCUUGGAUCAGAACAUUGCGGCCGCUGAAAGAGCAGCGCAAGGGACUCCAAGAUCAACCGACUCAACCAUAAUUGGCAUCCUAGAUGAAAGACUGGAUGUGCAAGUCCUACGAACCAUGGUGGGAAAGACCACUGUCGUCCCAGUAAUCAGCAAAGCUGACACAAUCACUGCCGGACACAUGGCAUACUUGAGGAAGGCAGUCUGGGAAAGUCUCAAAAAGGUCAACAUAGAUCCCUUGGAAAUCUUGACUCUGGAAGAUCAGGAAGAAUAUACUUCUUCAGAAAGCGGUGACGAGGAGGAGUCUGGCGAUGAUGAGGGUAUCUCUAGGUCUUCCGCCCUAUCCGAACCCAGCCAAAAUGCUCCCGAGUCCCAAGCCGUGCCUCAGCUACUUCCCUUCACCACUUUGUCUCCCGAUCCAUACUCGCUGAAGUCUGGGGAUGAGCCCAUUGGCCGCAAAUUCGCGUGGGGGUUUGCCGACCCAUACAAUCCAGAGCACUGCGAUUUCCUCAAAUUGAAGGAGGCUGUCUUCAAUGACUGGCGGAUCGAGCUUCGGGAAGCGAGUCGUGUCGUCUGGUAUGAGAGAUGGAGAACCAGCCGCCUCAACCGUCAUGUCGCCACGUCUCCUGCUCCUUCCAAAGACCUUGCCCAGAAGAAGGUAUACGGCGGGAAGACUGGGCCUGAUCUCCGUCGGUUUGAGUGA